AUGAAUGCAAUUUUGUGCCUUCUGAUUCUCUCUCUUGGCUAUGCUAUAGCCGUGACGGACUUCCGCCCCAAAGAUGACUCAGACGGCCUUGCUAGAGUUGAGGCUAAUGAACCGCUGAACGUCCACAUCGUGUUCUCGAACCAUUUGGACAUUGGAUUCGAUAAAGACGGCAAGGGUGGCACGGACAACGACAUCAUCAACUUCAACUUUGAAGAACACUACCCAGCUGCGAUAAAAUGCGCCAAUGAGCUCCGCCAGUUGGGCGGAACAGAGCGCAUGAAAUACAUGACUCAUUCAUACCUGGUGUCCUUGUUUCUGGACUGCCCUCCCAAUAUGGGCAUCAGGUGCCCUAGCAGACCGGCGGUAGAGGCAUUUAUAGAGGCGGUGCAGAAUGGGGACAUUUGGUGGCACGCCAUGCCCCACAAUGCAGAGCUGGAGUUCAUGGACAGGUCCAUGCUGCAAGCCAGUAUCCAGCUCACUCACGAGCUUGAUGCAGCCUUCGGCCUGCCUCCAAAAAUCACAAUGAGCCAGAGGGAUAUUCCCGGCUUCACUCGGGCGGCGGUGCCUGUGCUGGUGGACUCUGGGGUGAAGGCAGUGACUCUGGGGGUCAAUGGGGGGUCGGCUCCCCCAGAUGUUCCAUACAACACUCCCUUCCUGUGGCGGGACAUACAGUCUGGGACUGAGCUGAUUGCCAUGUGGCACCCAGGUGGUUAUUCGGGGUCACCUGUUGAUAAGGGCAAGGACCCCAUGGAAGGUUGUGUCACUGUGGAGGGCCUCAACCACGUCCUGUGUGCUGCGUGGAAUCUGGGUGACAACUCAGGCCCGCAAAACUCAACCAAGGUCCUUGAGAUCUUUAACCUGGUGAGGGGUUACUUCCCGGGCGCCAAUGUGUUUUCCUCCACCUUUGAUGCAUUCACCACGGAGCUGCUUGCCAAGAAGGACUCCCUGGACCUCCCAGUGGUGACCAAGGAGAUCGGCGACACCUGGAUCUAUGGGGUACAGAGCGAUGCACACAAGGUGGCAGAAUUCCGCGCACUCAUGCGCAUGCGGAGAACCAUGCUCAGCCGGGCGGAUGAGUACCCCAUGCGCAACUUCACCCGCAUGCUCAUCAAGGUCCCAGAGCACACUUGGGGCCCAGAUGUGAAGGUUUACCUCAACGACUACACCAACUGGAGCAAUGAUGCGUUUGCAGCUGUGCAAGGGCAGCAGAAUUACAUCUACAUGACAAACGCCUGGACGCGGCAAGCCUCCUACAACAGAUGGGCACUGGAGGCACUGAAAGAAGCCAGCUCGGGGCCUGUCAGUGCGCGGUUCAAAUCGGAUGGCGCCAUAGAGGAACUGGCAGAGUUGGAGGUUGUUCCCGAUCUUGGGGAUUUUACUCUCCUUGGGAAGGCUGACAACCUGACAUUCUCGUCCCAUGCCUGGACAAUCACCAUUGACCCUGUGUCAGGUGGCCUGUCUGGCCUGUCGCGCAAGUGGAACAACGGGCGGCAGGGCGCGCAGUGGGCGAGCAGCAAGACUCCCCUGGGGCGCUUCAUGUACAGCACAUACACUGAGGAGGACUACAAGGUCAUCUGGGACCAAUACCAGUAUGUGUCACGCAGCGACGACUGGUGGUUCCGAAAGGACUUUGGCAAGCAGGACCUUGACACCCAUGCUGAAACCAACCGCUCCAACACCUACGCCACUGUGCAGCAGACGUGGAGCAAGCAGGACAAUGAGGGCAGUUUUGAGGUGCUCUCUGUGAGCACGCUCCCCGAAGACUUGCAGACGCGAGUGGGAGCCCCAGCACAGAUCUGGCAGUGGUUCAAGUCUCCCUCGGCCGAUGACCGCCUCUUCUACAACGUGCUGUGGGUCAACAAGACCGCCACGCGCCUGCCAGAGGCGCUGUGGGUGAGGUUCACACCAGAUCCCCAGGUGGCCGACCCGGACACGUGGGGCAUGUCAAAGCUAGGCAGCCUAGUGUCUCCCACAGACAUCGUGCGCAAUGGCAGCCACUCCAUGCACGGGGUGGAUGAUGACGGCGUGCUCGUGCGAGGGCUGGGCCACAAGAAGAGCUGGGAGCAGCUCAGGAUCAGGACGCUGGACUGUGCUCUGGUGAGCCCUGGGGUGCCGAACCCGUUCCCCAAUCCUCUGACGCCGUCGGACAUGACACAGGGAAUGUCCUUCAACCUGGCCAACAAUAUCUGGGGCACCAAUUACGUCAUGUGGCAGCCGUACGGGGACCAGAGCCCCAACAUGGGCUUCAGAUUCGAGUUUGAGAUGCUGGACAAAGGCUAUUCAGAGCCUCACAUGGCAUGGCGAUAAUCCUCCGUUGCAUGCAUGAUCUGGAGCACCCAGCAGUCGCAAGCACAAACAAGUUGCCACAACUGUACAGUACCAGAUUCAGUAUUCCUUGGGCUUAGUAAGAGCAGCAAUUUUCUGUUUCCCUUACAGGCGUCUAGACAGAUCUCUUCAGCUGUACGUCUGCACUUCAUAUUCAAACAAGGAGGGGGAUUUGAUUUGGUUAAUGUGGUGCUUACUAGACAGCUGCAAAAGUGCGUCCUAUUUGUUGAGUGCUGGCAUGCACUGAGAUAGUUACGUUGGCCAGAGAAGGUCUCCUGCCAAUCAUUCUGAGUGCGCUGACAGCUCCAACAAUUUGACACUUGCAACAUGUCAAUCCUAUUUAACCGGUUGAGGGGAGUGUUUGAGCUGAUGGCAGUGCUUGACUUCAUUUGGAGCUCUCUAUAAUUACAAUUCUGACCAGGAUAUCCUGAUAACUCUUAGACAAUAAGAGACGCAAGAGGUGCAGAGCUACAAGUGACGUGCAGUUGUGCACAUCUAGAAUACAUCUUGUAAAGAGGAUCAACCCGAGC